UGCCAGGUGGCGGCAGCCAGCCUCAAAGAUGCGACUGAGUCUGCGCACGACCACUCGUUUUGGGAAGAGCUCAUACCGUGGAGAGGCAGCGUGGUUCUUUCUAGAAAAUCUAAUGAGAUGUCCAUCUGUGACAGCAUCUUGAGAGUGAGCCUGGUUUCUAAAAAUCUAUUCUGACUCCAUGGCAGCUAGGAUGGAUGUAACUUUGCCUGUGGUUAGAAAACAAAGAAUUUACUGAGCUGCAGAUCUUUUCCCAAGAACAACAGAAAAUGAUCGAGUACCAGCAGAGACCUGUGUCAUUCAAGGAUGUGGUAGUGGGCUUCACGCAAGAGGAGUGGCAUGGGCUUAAUCCUGCACAGAGGGCCCUGUACCGGGAUGUGAUGUUGGAGACCUACAGCAACCUCGUCUCAGUGGGUUAUGAAGGCACCAAACCAUAUGUGAUCCUCCAGCUGGAGCAGGAGGAAGCACCCUGGAUUUGUGAGGCAGCAUGCUCAGGCUGCCACUGUCAGGAAAACAUUUGGCAAGUUAACAUUCACAGGAAAAGGCGGCAAGACACGCUUUUGAGGCAAGGUCCAUUCAUCAGCAGGAAAACGUUCCCCAAGGAAAGAAGCCAUGAAUGUAAUAAGUGUGGGAAAAUAUCACAUCUGAGCACUGACCUUUUGCCUUCAAUUCAAAGCUCCAGUAACUGGGACUCUUGUGGAAAGAGUGUGAACAAUAAUUUAGACUUAAAUGGUUUUAAGAAAAACUACUCAAAAAAGCAAGAUGAGUGCUAUGGAUAUGGAAAACUGUUACAACAUACAGAGCAUGACAGAAGACAAAAUGAAGAAAAAUUCUGGGAAUGCAGUCACUGUGAAAAAGCUUUCAGCCAUAGCCCAGCACUUAUGUAUAAACCCCCAGCAACCGAUUCUCUUGUGUAUAAACGUAAGAGGAUUCCACCUACAGAGAAACCCCAUGUCUGUUCUGAAUGUGGAAAAGCCUUCUGCUACAAGUCUGAAUUCAUUAGGCAUCAAAGAAGUCACACUGGGGAGAAGCCAUAUGGAUGUACUGACUGUGGAAAAGCCUUUUCACAUAAGUCAACCCUCAUUAAGCACCAGAGAAUACACACUGGUAUUAGACCCUUUGAAUGUUUUUUUUGUGGAAAAGCCUUCACCCAGAAGUCACACCGCAGAGAACAUCAGAGGACACAUACAGGAGAGAGACCUUUUGUGUGCAAUGAAUGUGGGAAGUCAUUUGGUGAGAAGUCAUACCUCAAUGUACAUCAAAAAAUACACACAGGAGAAAGACCCUAUCGUUGUAGAGAAUGUGGAAAAUCUUUCAGUCAAAAGUCAUGCCUCAAUAAACAUUGGAGAACUCAUACAGGAGAAAAACCCUAUGGAUGCAAUGAAUGUGGCAAAGCAUUCUAUCAGAAGCCAAACCUCAGCAGACAUCAGAAAAUUCAUGCUAGGAAGAAUGCUUAUAGGAAUGACCUAAAAAUAGUAGGAAAGCCUUGAGCAAGAUAUACUAUUUCAUUUUAUGUGGAGGAAUUCAUCCUUAGGAUAAAUCUCAUAUUUAAUGAAUUUUGACCAGGUUUUUCAUCAUAAGGCAAGUCAUAUUCUAAUUGUGAUAGAAAAUUUUAUACAAAAGAUUAUAGAAAGUACUCUAUAUUUAAAACAUAAACAUGAUCACUUUGGCUUAUGAAAGUUUAAAAUAUAUUAAAUGGAAUGAUUACAGAACACAAAAUAUAUGUGAAGAAAAUUAAAAGUAUAUUAUGGUAUGUCUCAUAGUGACCCACAUAAUAAGCACUAUAUUUUAGAAUUAUAAAUGUGAAUUUAAGUUGAAUAUCAAGCACAUAUUUAGAAUGCCAUUCACCAAACUUUUUCACUCUAAAUAUCACCAUUGUCUUUUGGUGUCUUUACAUACAUGUGUGCGUGCUCGGUUGUGUCCAACUGUGUGUGACUCCAUGGACUGUAGCCCACAAGACUCCUCUAUCCAUGGAAUUUUCCACGCAAGAAUA